GAAGCAGCGAGAGACUGGAGUGAGUUUUGCCCGAGUCUCCAGCAAAGCUGGAAGCAGGCAGCAGCCACAUGGAGAUCUCCAGCUGCAGAGGGUGAGAAGAAGGCUGCGUUUUGCCCAUGCCUGGCUGGAAAGAGACUAUCAAGACGAAGCCUGGAAUGGGGGGAUCCUAGGAGGCCAGAGGCCAGAUCAUCCCCCUUCACACACACACACACCAAACAAAAACAAGGAGGCACUACAGAGCUCUCUUAGAUCGCUAAGGAGGAGAGCAAAGAGGCUGAAGAUAUGCAGCUGACUCGGUGCUGUUUCAUAUUUCUUAUCCAGGGGAGCAUCUAUCUUCUGGUAAUCUGUGGCCAAGAUGAGGCAACAGAAGAGGAGGAAGAAGAAAAUGGAAAAUCCUCCAAAGCUCAACAAAGACCCCGAGUGCAAAAGAAAAAAGCCCAAGUCUCCUUAAAGUCCUCUGUAACCCCAUCUCACUUCCAGAAUACAACUCUCUUAGAAUUGGCCUCCAGUAAUGCACCAGAAUUUUGGAAUAUCCUAGAUAGCUUGUCCAAGCAGGGAAAAGGCAAACAACCUCGUGGAAGAAGAGAUUCCCUCACCAACCCUAGUCAGUUCAAGAAAAUAUUUGGGUGGGGUGAUUUCUACUCCAACAUCAAGACAGUAAAACUCAACCUCUUAAUUACAGGCAAAGUGGUUGAUCAUGGGAAUGGCACAGUCAAUGUGUUCUUUCGGCAUAACUCCACUGGCCAUGGGAACAUCUCAGUCAGCUUGGUGCCACCAAACAAAGCAGUUGAGUUUGAUCUUGAGCAACAAAUCUUCAUAGAGGCAAAAGAAUCAAAGAUCUUCAACUGCCGGGUGGAGUCUGAGAAGGUGAGCAAAGCAAAGAAGACUACCCUGUGCACUUAUGACCCUUCUAAAACCUGCUUCCUGAACCACACACAGAGCCAGGUCUCCUGGGUUUGUUCCAAGCCAUUCAAAGUUAUCUGUAUCUACAUAACCUUCUAUAGCAUAGAUUACAGACUUGUGCAAAAAGUGUGUCCUGACUACAACUACCACAACAAUGUUCCUUAUUACCCCUCUGGGUGAUGACAUACCUCUUUUGAAUUUAAAGCAGCCCAUGUCUCAAAUGUCACUUCAUUGGGGAUUGGGGAAGAAAAAUAGACUAUGAAAAGAUUGAACCAUGCUUCACCAAUGCCAGGCAUACACCCGGCUUCUACUAAGAGACAUUGAGUUUGGAGAAGAGAUUGAGAGGACAUGAAUGGACAUAACAUCGUUGGAACACUUUACCCUUUCAUGUAUACAUUUAGCCAAAAUAUCUCAGUGCUUAUGGUGGAAAACCCAAACUGCACUUUCAUUUCAUCAUUGCUAUUUAACAAGUGAUGUAAUCCAUCAGGGGUACUACUGUUGAGGUUUGUAUCUGUCAACAGCCACAUUUGGGGGAAGCAAUCUGUAGGAGGUUGUGUAUCAAAAAUGCAUAAAACUCAAGCAAACAGUGGUCAUGAGUCAAAAGUGAAAGAGGCCAUAUUUUGACUUUUGACAUGUCUUUUUCUCUUUUUGUUAUUGCUUUUUCUAGUUUCCCUUUUUCUUCUUUCUCAGUAUUCCUGUGACUGAUGCUAAGAGAGAAUAUUCUUGCCUGAAAUUAAGCUUUGGAAUCAUUCAUAGAAAUUAGAUGAACUUAGAUCCUUCUUGACUGUGCCACGUUAUUCACCCAAAAGUUAACUUUAUGAAUGGGUGCUGUUUAAUACUUUUUCCAGUAACAGGGACCUCCAUGGGUCACAUGGAGGAUAUCAGAGUUCCGGAUGGGGGAGGUCCAAUGGCCCCUUGAUAGAAAUAAAUUAUUUUUUUUCCCCCUCUACUUCCUUGCCUGAGCAUUUCACCAUAUCAUUCAUCCCCUUGCAUUUUAUCCAGUUUAAUAUCUCUAAGUUUAAUUUUAACUCUCUAAAAAUGAACAGCCAGUGAGAGGAACUGAAUAAAAAAGAGUUAGAAGGCUGUAUUGGGGUAUCUGUAUCUGAGCGCUCAAGAUGGCACACUACAGUUUAAGGAGUGUUUUUCAUCCUUUGGGAUUGAUCUGUCUUAUUUCCUUUUGCCACUCUUAAAAACAGCCAAAAUUCUUCUGCUUUCCCAGCUUGCCCUCUCUACCCUGAUCCCUGAAAAUUUCUAAGUCUGAAACUAGAAAAUUGAAUGGAAGCACUAGAACAUUCGCAUUCCAAAGGGCCACUGCUGGGACUUAAGUUGUACAUGAUCCACUACUUGACAUAGUGGUGGGAAACCUGAUCCCUUACCUCUAAUACUUUUUCAAUAUAUACUGUAUAGCCAGAUCCUAAUUGCAUUCUUAUGGGUCAGUUUUCCUUGAAUAGAGCACAAAUAUAGUUUAUGUGAUGUGAUAAUCUCUCUAUCAAAACACUGAAGGUUUGGGUCAGGUGGUGCCAGAGAAAAUGAAUGUUACCCAAAUGGAAUCGUAAUGUUGUGCCUUUGAUUUAAAUUAAUCUUAAUGAUUUUUUAAAAUAUAUAUAUAUAUAUUAAAACAGAUUUGGCCAGAAUCUGCAGAAACAAAUUGGGAAGAAUUGAAUUGGGGCUGAGUCAUAGCAAGAACUUCAGCAGCAGUAAAUAUGACUUGAAGAUGGAGAAACUUUUUCACUCAUCUACAUCUACUUAGCCUUGAGCCCCCUGAAACAUUGGAAGCUUGUAUCUGCUUCUUGAUGAUUGCCAGCCUUGAGUAUUGCUACUUUGGGGGGGGGGGGACCAUACUUUUUCAAUUACAUUCUCUCCUAAUGUUUGAGAUAGGGAGGGUGAAACACUGUUUAGUCAAGGAAGUAGAAGGACAAGGCACAUCCUCGCAUUACUGGACAAGGGAAGAUUGAUUCAAAUCUGGGUGAAGCUAUCUCAGGGGAAAGAUAGCUUGCUUGCUAGGAAUUGUGAAAUUAGUCCUUGGCUGCAGCCUUGCAGAGUUCACACCACUUCUCUAGGGCAGAAAAUGUCAUAUUGGAAGAGACAGGUAGAACUUCAAUUCAAGGAAUUAGGAAAAUGGUACAGAGAAUGUACUCCUCGGUGGGAUUUAAGCACUGCAGAAAGAUAUUAUUUACAAUUACAAGAUUAUGCGAAAAUAUGACAGAUGGCACUUUAGAAAUGGCUUUCCCUAAUCCAAUAUUGUCAGAAUGUGUUAGACUACAGGAGUUAUCCUCAUCUACAUGGCACCAGGUUGAAGAAUCCUAGUCUAAAGGCUACUCUAAACAAUGAGUUAAUUAUUUGGUUCCAGCUGUAAAUGCUUUUAGAAUGUUGAAAGAUAUAGGGGACACAUAGAGGAAAAUUCCCAUACAUUUUUAAAUAGCAUUUUUCCCCUUAAGGUGUGAAAAGGGGAUGGAGAAAGAUAUACUAUGUGUAACAUCUGCAUUGACAACCAUUUCCACCUCACUGGUUAACCAUUCACAUAUUUCAGAUUCUGGCUUAAUCGUCUUUGGAGAGUCUCUAUUUAGCAGGAAACAGGCACAAAUUUGAAUGCUUGGGAGCCUUGUAUUGAGUAAAACUUGCCCCCCUAUCUUUUUACCCUAAAUGCACCGCUACUCGUCUAUAAAAGAGAUUUAGCAAGCCUCCUACAGAGAUUUUGGUCUUGGAUGGCUACAUAUUUUCUAGCUGUAAUUUUAACAUUCUGAGAAGAGAGAAAUAACAAACGAAAAGAUAGGAAAAGAAAAUCACAGCCCACCUUUUUCUAAUGCAUUGUCCAAACAACCCCUUUUUUAAACAACUUAGUAGAUGAUCAUCAAUAUAUAGCAUGUAUGAAGGUAGAAUUUGGUGUUAUUCAAAUAACACCAAAUGGUAUUGGUGGUAAGAAAUGCUACUAUUUCCCAGUUCCCAAAUUUAUGCUUUUUUCCCAAAGAGAAAUUCAUUAUUCUUUCAUUACAAAUGGAUAUACCUUCACUUCAGGGAAAGAUGCCAAAUUUGUUUGAAAUCCUGCAUCUGUACCAAAUGCUUUCUGAUGCUCACUGGCACAGAAGCACAUGGAGGGACUGUGGGGGCAAUGAACACAGCAAGUGGCAGUCAUAAAGAGCUUGCGUGCACCUGGGCAUCUCUUGGUCCUCAGAAAAAGCAUCUGCAGCCAGCCCAAUUAAAAUAAAAUUAACGUUAGGGGGAAGAAAAUAAGCCUGUGUUAAGCUUCUAAAGGGUUCUUUGUUUCAACAAAGGUUUGUGUAAAGCAUCCCAAUGAAACUGUUUCACAAAGCAGUGUGGAACCCUUGUUUAUAAACAUCAACAAAGCAGCCACUUUACUUCAUUUUAUCUCAGUUCAGAGGCCUCUCCUGGCAGUUCCAACAGAUAGAAAAGAUGUUCUGCACAUGCCCUAAGCAGAGACAAAACCUCUAAUGGCUGCUGGAAUGGCUGGUCAAAGCUCUGAGGCAAUGUUCAUUUGCUUGAUGUGUCACCUCAUCUGAAGAUGUGCCUCACAUGCCCUCUCAUAAAAAUUUUCAAAAUUUAACAUCCUCCUCCUCCCAUCUUAUAAAAUUUCAGCUUGUUUAAGGUUUCACAAAGUCUCAUGUGAGAACAUUACGAUCCUGUGUUUCUGAUUCUAGUAAGAAUGCAGGGUAAGACUAUCGCCAUCUCAGGAGAUUACAAAUGGUUUGUGGGGGGAGGACAAUUUAGCCCCCAGGCGAUGCCACUUGGGACAUGAAAAGGUUGCUGACUGCUGACAACGACUGUGCGAAUGCAGUACACAAUCAAGUUACAGUUAUACAUAGGUACUUCCAUGCCUAAUACAGCAAAUUCACUUGUAGAAAUAUUUCCCAGGAUGUAUUUUGGAGUUACUAAUUUAGCUUUUCUGGUUUCAGAUUUGAGGCUUCGUUUUAACAUUAGACCUAGACUCAUUGGACUGCCCCAGACAAUUAAUUCUGAAUGGACUGCCUAUGCGUUGAUGACCUACCUCAGAGGUUAUUGUCAUAAGAGAUGAGACCAUAAUUUAUAGAAUCUGUGGUGCUAUCAAACAGCCUUCCCCAAAGUGGUACCCACCAGAAGUGUUGAACAAUCCCCAGCUAGUAUGGAUAAUGCUGUGGAGUUAUGGUCCCAUAUGUCUUUAGGAAACAUGAAGCUGUGAGAAAUUGCUAUUAAAAAUGUUUGGAAAAAGGUUUCCUUCUCUUCUGCUUUUUCCAAGUUUCAAUGCUGCUCCCAUCAAUCUACCUAACAUUCAUCUUUCUCCAAGGGUUCUCUUACUUCUUUGUGCCAGAUCACUAUUUUGUCUACAGUUUGCUCCAUAAUUUCCUCUUUCUCUCUGAUUAAAUGGCCACACUGAUUGUAUCAUGUAUUUAUUUUUAAUACUGUCAUUGAAAUGGAGAAUAAAGCUUCCUUCUGCAUCACAGGGGUGCAGUAUGAAAA